AGACAUUUCUGUCUCAUAGAUGUCCAUUCUAGCCAAUUUUCUCAAUUUCUAUCACAGGUAGUUCAAUGCAGAUUCACAGAACAUCGUGGGAUUUUCGUCGUUUAGCAGACUUGACCACUCCUUUUAUUUACAUCUCAUGCCGCUGUGUGAAUGAACGCCAUGGAGAGGAGGACGACUGAAAAGCCCCCUUGCAAUGAGAGUGAAAAACGCCAUUAAUGGAUGAAUAAGCCAAUAAAUGCAGUAUUAAUCAUAUGAAUCCGUGUCACCGCUGGGAUUAUUGCUGUUAUAAUGGCAGCUGUGAGUCUGACGGAUCCGCUUUGCAAACCCUGCUCUUACAGUCCACGUUUUAAAGUUGAGGUGUGCGUGAGCAAGCCCUUGAUGCCCAUCCACCUGAGCAGUGAGCAGGUGGCACUGGAGAUGCUGUGUCUCUGCAGCCAGCUGGAUCUACUGAUUAGAGCUCAGGUCCAUCAGCAGUUUCAGGAGCAUCUUAAGCAGGACACAAGUCCUGAAGAGUCUGAUUGUUUUCAAAAACAAGGGGCAGAGAUAAUAUAUCAGAUGAACCAGUGCCUUGAACAUCUCAAUGAACCGGUGCUUCAGCUUGAGGAGUAUUUGGAUGUUAUAGGAUUGUCUGCUCUGUUCCCUCGAGUGGAAGUUUAUAUGAUACACGGCAGCCCUAUUGACAUGUUGGAAAGACCACCUUCGGAUGCAUAUUUUCCUCAUAUUGGGAGGCUGAAUCAGCUGCUGGUUCUCAGUCAGCAGUUAGAUGAAGAUGUGAAACAUCUGGGCAGUCAUAAGUAUGUCGCACAUCAGCUAUCAGCAAUUUACCAAGUCCUAAACUCUCUCAACGAUAUUUUGCCGUUGUCCAUCAUAAGAAAGGAUAUUGAGAGUAAUUUCAAGCAGCUGAAGACGUCUCUUUCAACUGAGGAAGGGUCCAGACUGGAUCCUCAGUUGCCAGCGCAUCACGCGAGCUGGCUGUCUGAUUUAACACAAAACGUGAUAUCAACGGUACUGUCACUCGCAGAAGAACUCACAGAAGACCUCAAUCCCGUCAUGGAAAUAGUCUCUAACCUCUCGUAACCGCUGGAUCUACAGUGCCUGAAGUGGACGGUGAGAAAUUGUCACAGAAUGAAGUGAUUCCUAUGAAAAAUGUUUCUUUUUAUUUCUUUUGAUUUAUUCAUCUGUACACCCCACAGAUAUGACUGUGAUAAUGCGAUCCAGAUAUUUUAAGACCAUAAAAAUUUUUAAGAAAAAUGUUUACGUUCUGAGUACUACCACUAAAAAGUAAUUUAUUUAAACCAUUUUAGCUAUUUUUUUGUAUUGUUGGCUCAUGUUUUUUAAUGAAUGAAAUAAAACACCUUGUGCAAUAAUGUAUUUUAUAAUGCAUCUGUAUACUUGAAGUGACUGUUGCUUUCCAUUCUGUAUAUGAUGGUGCUAGCAAAAUAAACUCAAACACGUUGAUCAUAAGCGAAUACCUUA